UUAUAUAUAUACUCUCCUCUUCUUCCCCAACCACCGCUUCCAAUCCAAAAUUUCUUAUCCAACAGCUCUCCAUUUUCUUGCGUUACCCCAAAGUCGUUGCGCAGACUCGAAGAAUUGAAAUUUUUUAAAAGAAUGAGAAACGAGCGAGGCGGCACCAAUUUCGCCGACGCUGCCAACCUUUCCCGGCCGAAGUUCGGGAACCUCUUACACUCCGACCCCAACAUUCUUUUCCCGGCCACCCCCGACGAGGAUUCCUCCAACCGGGAAAGCAGCAUCUCCUCCGCUGCUAGCCCCGCGUACUGCGAUAGCGCGCCGAUGAGCGCCACCGCGUCGCCGUUUAUGCUCUCGCCGUGGAACCAACCCUCCCCGUAUAAUAAAUCCCCAUGGACGAUGAAUAGACCGUCCACGUUAAACCCGUUCGAUGACGGUGACAAUAAUUUUCCUUCGAACGGGCUAAUCGGGUCUAUCGUCCGGGAAGAAGGCCACAUAUAUUCUCUGGCGGUUUGCGGGGACUUACUGUAUACCGGUUCCGACAGCAAGAACAUACGCGUCUGGAAAAACCUGAACGAAUUUUCCGGCUUCAAGUCUGGCAGCGGCCUUGUUAAAGCUAUUGUAAUCUCUGGCGACCGGGUCUUCACUGGGCACCAGGACGGCAAGAUCCGGAUCUGGAGAGUCUCCUCUAAAAACGCGAGCCAUCACAAGCGCAUUGGAAACUUGCCCACCACGAAAGAUUUCUUCAAGAAAUCCAUGAAUCCGAAGAACUACGUUCAGGUACGGCGCCACCGGAACGUCCUUAAGAUUAAGCAUUUCGACGCCGUAUCGUGCCUUAGCUUGGACGAGGAAGGCGGGCUUCUGUACUCCGGAUCCUGGGACAAAACCCUAAAGGCAUGGAGGCUAUCGGACUCGAAAUGCGUAGAAUCGAUUAACGCCCACGAUGACGCCGUGAACUCCGUCGUCGCCGGAUUCGGAGGCCUGGUGUUCACCGGAUCGGCGGACGGCACUGUCAAGGUUUGGCGGAGGGAGCAACAGGGGAAGCAAAUAAAACACUUCCUUGAGCAGAUAUUGUUAAACCAGGAGAACGCGGUGACAGCGGUGGCGGUAAACCAGUCGACGGCGUCGGUUUAUUGCGGGUCGUCGGACGGGAUGGUGAACUUCUGGGAGCAGGAGAAGAGCCGCCUCUCGCACGGCGGCGUUUUGCGGGGGCACAAGCUCGCGGUGCUGUGCUUGGCGGCGGUGGGGAACCUCGUUUUCAGUGGCUCCGCCGAUAAAAGCAUAUGCGUGUGGCGGAGGAGCGACGGCGGGGCCCACGCGUGCCUUUCGGUGCUUACGGGACACGCGGGGCCGGUGAAGUGCUUGGUCGUCGGCGAGGAUAAGGAGGCGGCGAAAGGCGAUCAACGGUGGAUUGUGUACAGCGGAAGCUUGGACAAGUCGGUGAAGGUGUGGAGGGUGGCCGAGGCGGCGCCGGAUAUGCGGCAAUUGCAGGCGGUUGAGAGCUACGCGCCGCCGUCGCCGCUGGUCGGCCAAAACAAGAGGUACUAUUGAUUUUGGCGAGUGUGAAAUCACUAAUGAAAUAUGAUUUUUCCACGUGGAGAAACCGUUGGAGGAACGAAAAUGUGAUUUUGCGUGAAGGCCGACCACGCCUGUAAAACAAGCAAAGCUAUGGGAGCGUGCCACGUUGCAAGGACAUUUGCAAUUGGUCAAUUUGGGAAUUUGCAGAAACAGGAAGGGCCGAUAGGAGAGAAUCGUUAUUUAAUUUUUUAGUUGCUUCAAAUGAAAAAAAAAAUAUAUACUAAAAAUGGCCAUAAAAAGCAAUUAAAAUGAUUUAUGGUCUCAUUUUUUUGCAAAUAUUAUUUGCUUAGAGCAAAUUGAUUGUAGUUACAAGUAUCUCCCAUCCCAUGGAUGAAAGCAUUUAAGUAUGCUUGUAAAUAUUAUGAUUGCAGUUUUUUUUUUGGUUAUGUAUAUUAAUGGUAUUAUAUUAAUUAGUCGAGAAA